AUGAAGGACUUGCCCUUUGUCCUGUCACUUUCAGUCAAAGAAGAAAGAUUGAAAGGGAAAAAGAUCAUCCUGUUAGAGAAGGGAGUGAGGAAAGAAGUACUACUUCAAAAGGAUGCUCCAUACAGCAACAGAGUGGUUGCUCUGAAUCCAUCUACUAAGAAGUUCCUGGAAGAUAUUGGAGUGUGGGAUAUUAUUGCCAGUGUGAGAUUUCAAGCUGUCAAAAGACUACAGGUAUGGGAGACUCACUCAGAUGCCAUGAUAACUUUCAAUCAUGAUGCCCUGACUGAAGACGUUGCAUAUAUAGUGGAGAAUGACCUCAUCACAGAGGCUUUGUGUCGGGUUGCAGAGAAUGAGCCAAAUCUUGAUCUUAGGUUUCAAACACAAAUCAAGAAUUAUGAUGUUCCUUCUGUGAAAACAAAAACCAAUGAUCUCCGAUGGGCAAGAGUCACUUUGAGUGAUGAUUCUAUGAUUUCUUCCAAGUUACUGGGCAUGAUUUUUGAGAUCCUUGUAGAUAUUAAGCUUAAGUCAGAUGAAUUUGUGAAGAGGAGCUCUUUGGAAGAGGAGUUGGAGGAAUUGCGAUUGAAGCACGAGGAAGUCGCGACGGGAUUCGAGUACUUGCAGGCAUUCACGAGCAAGCAACUGACCGUGUCGACUGCAUGCGACAUCAUUGGGAUUAUCGCUGCAUGUUACUUCUCCUUUUCCGCCUUUCUCAGCGGAGGUGGAUAUUAUUCGGGGCUGUCGGCAUCGGCUUUGGCCUCGCUGUCCGUAGGAUUCGUCCACACUCUGAAAUUCGUUUGGAUAGCCGAACGCAGUCACGAACUCGUGGAAACGGCUUCCUUGGGGAAGAGACAUCUGCGACGAGUGCGGCAAUCGAAGCUGAGUCCGUCGGAGAAGCAUGAGGUAUCUACCUUCUUGAAGCAGUUGGAUCUCGCCCCUGUUCGACCUACUGCUGCCGGAUUCUUCGAUCUCAACCGGAGUCUUCUUGUCUCUUUCCAGGGAAGUUCAUUUUCAAUGUGUAUAAUCAUCAACGGGUCUUUGAAAAUGAGGAACUAUCUCAUGCAGGCAGUGGGAGCGGUGCUGACGUAUCUCAUCGUGCUCAUCCAAUACAAGGACAUGAUACGACUCUUUUCGGAGACCCCCAGCGAACGACAAGAAUCGCUCCACGACAACACGAGGACACAUUGGUUGCCCAGCGAUAUUCGCUUUCCAUCCUGGAUUUCCAGCGCCUCGGUCUACCUGCCAAUCCUUGGAAGCAUCAAUCGUGGUCAUAAGCUAAGUUUCGAUGAGAAUCUCGAAGAAAAUGCUGAGAAGCGUCUUGUCCUGGAUCUGCCCGUGCUUCAGGAAAGAGACAUCGGAUCCUAUCAAGACCUGUGUUCAGGAGACUUGAGCUCGUCUCCUGGAUCUAGCACCCUGCAUGCCAUUCCUCCAUGUGCCCCCAUGAAAGGUCACUACAUGCACGAUGACCUGGAUGUCGUCCCCUUCGUAAAAGGGGUUUGGCUUUACACCCAUGAGGGUUUGCUGCAACUCCCGGUACCUGCUCCAGAAUCCUCGGAAGUCCUUGGUUUCAGCCUUGACCUCCCAAAUUCGAAUGAGGAACAAGAAGCAUUGAAGGACAUCUGUUCGCUUCGAUCACAAUUGGAUGAAGCUAACACCGAGAAGGAGGCAGCGAAAGGCCAGAUUCAAGUUCUUCAACAACAGCUUCAGGACCUACAAGGUCUGGAAGCUGAGCUCGCUAAAGCCAAAGGAGAGAUUUUCUUCUUGGAGACGAUGCUCUGGCAAGCAGAGGUCCACCGGGAGCAAGCCGAGGAUCAGCUGAAGGAGGAGACUAGGAGGAGAAGCCACGAGGUAGGAAGAGUUCGUCUCAUCUGCUCACAAUGA